GCAGCACUGAUUCCACACGCCACCUCGAAGACGGUUGCUGUGGAAACGACAACAUCUUCAGAAGUUGUCAUGGCGACUCAGCGGCCCCCCUCAGGACUGGCCCGGCCUGUGAGCAGGAGUGGAUCUGGGAGACCCCCCACUGCAGUGCGACCCCCUCCCACAGCCAUACGAGUGGGCACCGGGAUGGUCCCUGGUACAGGAGGCCUUUCUGGGAUGAGAGGGGGAAUCCCUAUAGCUGUCCCGGGAGUGUUGUCUGCUCAGAUCAAAGUCACAGACAGACCAGUCACACAGCAGGGGCUCAGUGGCAUGAAGACCGGAAUGAAAGGACCUCAGAGACAGAUCCUGGAUAAGUCCUACUACCUCGGUCUUCUCAGGAGUAAGAUUAAUGAGCUGACCACAGAGACCAGCAAACUACACAAGGAGAUAGACAACUUCAACCAGGAGAACUCAGUCUACCUGUCCUAUGAGAAGACAGCGGAGGGUCUUGCUGCAGAGAUUAAAGAUUUACAAGGACAGCUGGCAGAUUAUAACAUGCUUGUGGACAAGUUGAACACCAAUACAGACAUGGAGGAGAUGAUCAGUGACUAUAAUAUUUUGAAGGCUCAGAAUGACCAGAAGGCUGAAAGCAUUGACAACAUCUUCACUGAAAGGAGAGAGAGGGAGGAGGCGAUCCGGGCCGUGGAGGAGAACAUCCGCAAAGAGAGGAGAGUGGCAGAACAGAUGGUCCAGUCUAUGCCCUCGGCCAAACAGGAAAAGUACUACACCAUGACAGCCAACAACGAGGAGCUGCUGCAGGAGCUGGCUGUUCUUCAGGAAGAGCUGGACAUUCUUCUGACCAGGAAGGAGGACUAUGACAUUGAGUUGUCCCAGUCACAGACCAAGCAGGAGGUUGUGCGUCUACACCAGACUUUUUCCUCACUGGAGCAGAAGAGAGACGCCAUGGAGGCCGAGCAGAAGAACAUGGGCUCACCACAGGAGGAGAGGGACAAGCUCUUCAAACAGGUGAAGGACGACAACCAGGAAAUAGCCAGCAUGGAGCGACAACUGGCAGAAAUCCGAGAGCGGACCAGGCAGAUCACAGAGGAGCUCAGACAGAUGGAGCAGGACUCUGAGGACGCACAAGGGGAAAGUCGGCAGCAAUAUAAAGAGUUGAAGAAAAAAGAAGAGGAGCUGGACAGUUUCUUAGAAUCUUUUGAAGAGACCAGACACCAAGAGGAAAACAAACAGAGACAGAUCCAGGAGAGCAUCAAGUCUCUGCUGGAGCAGUGCAGCCGGAGCAUGUUACGUCUGCACCAUGUGGACACUAUCACAGCCAACGAGCUCCGGAACAUGCAGGAAGUCCUGGUCACCAAGGAGACUGAGGUCAACCAAUCAGAGAGCACUGCCAAGAACCUCACCACGGAGUCCAGGCGUUUGCAGCAAGACCUGGAGAAGGUGCAGCAGCUGGAGGGGAAGAUCAGCUCAGAGCUGGAGGUGCAGAGACAGCAGCUGGUCACCAUGGAGACAGAGCUGAAGACAUACAGGGACAUAGAUAGUCUGAAGAGGAACGCCGAGGACAAGAAAAAGAAGCUGGAGGAGCAGCGUGUGUCUCUGAGCCAGAGGCAGGAGUCUUUCAGACAGCUGUUGGACCACAUCACAGUCACGUAUGAAGCUUUGAAGGCCAAACUAGAAGAGAAUGAGACACAUUCUCAGCUGACAAACCUGGAGAAGAAAUGGCAGCACAUAGAGCAGAACAACUUUGUGAUGAAAGAAUUCAUUGCCUCCAAGUCCCAGGAGAGUGACUAUGCCCCGGUAGCACAGCGCGUCAGCCAGCAGGUAGCAGAGUACAACAAGAUGCUCAUUGACUCACUGCAAAACAAUCGAAGUCUCAUAUGAACAGUCCACCAGUACUUUUAAUAGAAGAUAUUUUUGUUUAGUAAAAAUACUAAAGCGCAUUUGACAGAUAAAGCCUACUUCACCCACGGUCCCACACAACAAUUCUCCAUAAAUAAACAAAAACAUGAUACAACAACUGACAAACCAGAUGUGAUGGGCAGUAGUUUCAUUUGUCGGAUGCAUGCUGAUUGUGUUGUGAUAGCGCUCUGAAGGGGGAGUGACAUAGCACAGAGAGCAAAGGGAGGGGAGACUCUGAGCAUCAAAAACAAAAUAAACUUAUUAAACAUGUACAUUAUUUUUGGCAAAUAUAGCAUUUUCAAAACAAUAAAAGGUAACAUUAGUGAUCUAAAUAUGUUAUGUGUUUGCCUUUAAUACCCCAUAGACAGGUAAUUCCCGCUCUUUAACCAGGUACUAUCCCACCAAACCAAGUCAUAAUUAGAAAAAUAUAUUUAUCUGUCAAAUGCACUUUAAGCCUAUGUGACUGUAUUUUCAACUCUAUUAAUAAUAAAGCUUUAAUAGUCUAUAUUUAC